GUGCACUCAGUAGCGAAGACAGACUCACUAAAAAGGCGGUAUGUAGGCGUGGCACGAGCACAGGUACUCCACCCAUAAACCGGCAUAGAUUAUUCACUGCAUCAGCUCCUUAACAGAAGAAAGUGGUCAUUUGAUACAGCUGGACACAGUUACAUUCUGCGAGACUCUCUCGACGGCGCUCUCUGUGAGUUUGUUAAGCGACUGCAAGCGAAAAGUUCCGUAGAAAAUGACGCUGGAGCCUUUUAGGUCAGCAAUGUCCGUCGGACAGGUGGGAGACACGUCCCUGGCUGUUCCCUCAGACAUUCAUAUGAGGUCAGCGCAGCAGCGAGUUAUGGAUCAAGUUCACACUAUUUCACGAAGCAAGUCCCGAAGCCGUGUCAAAAGUGGAUCCGGAAUUACGUCUCCCAUAAGCCCCAAAAGUGACAGUGUGUUCUAUGAUGUGCCGUCUAUCCAAACAUCUCCUAACACACUCAAAGGAUUCACCUUCACGAAUAGAUCUGCCAUUGAGAUUGGCUCCAUGAACAAGGGAUCUGGCUUUGUGAAUGGCUCCAUGAACAAGGGAUCUGGCUUCGUGAAUGGCUCCAUUAACAGGGGAUCUGGCUUCGUGAAUGGCUCCAUGGACAAGGGAUCUGGCUUCGUGAAUGGCUCCAUGAACAAGGGAUCUGGCUUCGUGAAUGGCUCCAUUAACAGGGGAUCUGGCUUCGUAAAUGGCUCCAUUAACAGGGGAUCUGCACACGUCAAUGGUCAUGCAAAAAUGGUUGUGGCCCAGGACUCGGCGUUCUCCAGCAGGACUGUGAACAUGUCGCGCUCCCUAUCCCACAACUCCUCGGGCCGGCAACGAAACGGCACCGGGCCCCGCGUUCCCCCAGUCAGCCCCACGGCCUGGCACCAGAACAAGGUCCAGAUGGAGGGCUACAGCCGCGCCAGCCGGGCCAGCCGGGCCAGCCGGGCCAGCAGCCGCAGUGUGCCGGACCUUCAGCAGAGGAUGGUGGUUUCGGGUCAAACCCAGCAGACCCGGAGGCAGUUUCUGAGCAGCACCAGUAGCCCACAGAUCAUACUGGAUGGACCCCUGCCCCUCUCAGCCCAGAGGGGUACCCUCAGUCAGCCCAACAUGAACCAGAGCUUUGUCAGGCGCCCGCCCUCAAACUACUCCAACCCUGACUCCAAGAUAUCAGCGUCCAAGGGCAAAAUAACGCCAGUGGGGCAGACGGCUGAGGGACAGAAGGUGGAAAUCAGCAUGACAGAGGCCAUUCAUUACCUGUUCAGUAUGGAUGAGAACUACCAGCUGAGUGGGGCCUCCUUCAUUCAGCACAGCACCUACACAGAGGACAAGACCAAACAACAGGUGUUCCUGCUGAAGGGCAUCCCCCCUCUGAUUGCCCUCCUCCGGAGUCCCAACCCUGAGAUCCAGCAGACAGCGUCUGCAGCCCUCCGUAACCUAGUCUACAAAAACCAUGACAACAAGGAGGAGGUGCAGCGCUGUGGGGGCGUGACAGAGGUGGUCCAGCUGCUGAAGGACAGCCAAUCAGCAGAGACCCAGAAACACCUGACAGGUCUGCUGUGGAACCUGUCCUCAGCAGACUCUCUGAAGGCGGAUCUGCUGAAGAGCUCACUUCCGGCUCUCACCGAGCACGUGGUGUUGCCCUUCACAGACGUCGGCAACCUCAACAACAACAUGGAUCCCGAGAUCUUCUUCAACGCUACUGGGUGUCUGAGGAACUUGAGCUCUGCCAAGCUGGGUAACCGUCAGGCCAUGAGAAAGACCAGUGGCCUGGUAGAUGCACUGGUCAAGUACGUCCAGACCUGUGUGUCCAAUGACAACCCUGAUGACAAGUCGGUGGAGAACUGUCUGUGUGUCCUGCACAAUCUGACGUACCAGCUGGAGGCCGAGUCUCCCCAGCUCUUCACGAGGAUCACCGCUCUGGCCCGCGCCCCCAGCACGACCAGAACCAGCACCGCCGGGCCCAUCAGCUGCUUCAGCACCCAGAGCAACAAGAUCCAACAGGAGACCUACUUUGACUACCCAGUGAUGGAGGACAACAAUCCUAAAGGUUCCGCCUGGCUGUUCCACUCCAAAACACUACAGAUGUACCUGAGCCUGCUCGAAACCAGUGACAAUCAGUCCACACUAGAGGCCUGCUUUGGAGCCAUGCAGAACCUCACGGCCAACUCAGGAACCGUGUCUUCCGUGUUGAGCCAGACUAUAGUCCAGAAGCUGAAUGGUCUGCGUGUGAUCUCCCAGCGGCUGAAGUCUGAAGACGUCAGUCUGAAGCGCUGCGCUGUGAGCCUCCUGGGGAACCUCUCACGACACCCCCGUCUACACACCAGCAUGGCACGUCAGGCCCUCUCUCCACUCACAGCCUUCAUCAGUGCUGGUGUUCCAAACACGACUGAAGAUGAGUCAGAGAUGGACGAGACCAUGGCCGCUGCCUGUCACACUGCACACACCCUGCUAAAGGCGGAGCAAGAGAUGAGCAAGGCGUUGCUAAGCAACAGUCUGAUAAACUCCUUGAACAAUAUGAGCCACAACAAUAACCUGCCGAUGUCCAGCAAAGCUGCGGCUCUUCUCCUUUACAACCUCUGGGCACAGAAGGACUUCCAGAGUGUCCUCAAGAAGAAAGGGAUGCACAAGAGGGCCUUUGUGAAUGACAUCACCACCGCAGCACACAAAGCUGUGAUGGUCAUUGACUAGCAGCCAGCGAGGUUCAGCGUUGGAGGACAUGUUGGCUCGGAUCACAGAGUUUCACAGAGCCUCCACAGGAUCGAUCAGCCACUGAUGAAACUGAUGUAGCUGCUCAUGCACACAGUCUGAAAGCCACCCCCAUACAAACCUCAACAACCAUAUAAUGCUUCCAGAACUUCUGUGGUUAGGUUAUAACCUGGAGGCCUGUAGUCUUUUGACACUGAGGUUAUAUCAAACAUUAAAAAGGUUUUUGUUUACACAGGGUGGCAGCUUCCCUUCACAGGCUCAUAUUGCAUGUAACACACCUUUUGCUUUUGAAACACGACCAAGGGUACUUUUCCCAAGGGUACUGUUGCAAUGAGGUCUUACGCUUUUAACACUUAUUCAGUAUCAUACAGGAUUGAUUCAGAUUUAUAACAGUUAAAGAGCGCAUAGCAUAGCAUUUUAGCUGCUACAUUUAACAGUUACAUUUCAAAUGCGACCCUAGGUUGCAAGUUGGUGAAAGAAUGGGGUAUCGUGAGUGUAAUGAAAGGCUUGUAGAGUUUGUCUGUUUGACUGUUGUUUCUGGCUGUAGAAGGCAAAGUGAAAGUGUGGGGAAAUUUAAUGUGUUUAGCUGCCAAGGACAGAAACCUGCACAUUGGUUCACAUUCGAAACAGAUUCACUCAUUUAGUUUGAUCCUUUGACUUUUUGAAGUAAAAAAAAAAAAAAAAUA